UGUGCACUUUAAACUCUCCUGAACAAAUAUUUGCCUGUUGUCAAACUAGUUUAAAGCCAGUCACUCUCAAGUAAGUGUCUCCGCUGCUGUGGAUGAAUCAAAAUGUCCAGCAAUCACAGAUUACUGGUGAGAAAUGCCAAACAGGUGGUUCUGAUCUGCAGCAAUGGAGAGAAAUACCUGACCAAGCAUGGGCUGCAGAAUCUUUGUGUGAUUGAAAAUGGGAGCGUAGUGAUAGGGAGCGAUGGGCUGAUUAAAGCCGCGGGGCCUGCUGAAACCAUCAGAGCUCAGUACGCAGGAGCAACAUUUGAUAAAGUGAUUGAUGCCACAGGAAUGUGCGUCCUGCCCGGUUUGGUUGACGCCCACACCCAUCCAGUCUGGGCUGGUGACAGGGUGCAUGAAUUUGCAAUGAAGCUGGCGGGAGCCACCUACAUGGACGUGCACCGGGCCGGCGGAGGGAUCCACUUCACGGUGGAGCACACUCGAGCUGCCGCAGCCUCGGACCUUCUGUCCUCCCUGAGCGGCAGGCUGGUUCGGAUGCAGCGAGCUGGCACCACGCUGGUGGAGUGUAAGAGCGGCUACGGCCUGGAGCUGCAGACUGAGCUCAAGAUGCUGGAUGUGAUCGAGGCGGCCAGACGCGCCCUGCCCAUCAACAUCUCCUUGACCUACUGUGGAGCCCACGCAGUGCCCAAAGGGAAGACGGUUGCAGAAGCCACGCAGGACAUCCUGCAGGUUCAGCUGCCACGGCUGAAACAGCGGAUGUCUGCGGGGACUCUCAGCGUCGACAACAUCGACGUGUUCUGUGAGCAGGGGGUGUUUGACCUCGGCUCUACUCGCUCCAUCCUGCAGGCCGGCAGAGACAUGGGCCUCAACAUCAACUUCCACGGAGAUGAGCUUCAUCCCAUGAACUCUGCUCAGUUGGGAGCAGAGCUUGGAGCCUUGGCCAUCAGUCACCUGGAGGAGGUCACAGACGAGGGGAUUGCUGCCAUGGCAAAAGCAAAAACCGCCGCGGUCCUUCUGCCAACUACAGCCUACAUCCUCCGGCUGCCCCAGCCUCGGGCCAGAGACAUGCUGGAGGCGGGAGUGAUCGUUGCCCUCGGCAGCGACUUCAACCCCAACGCCUACUGCUGCUCCAUGCCAAUAGUCAUGCACCUGGCCUGUGUUAAUAUGAGGAUGUCCAUGCCCGAGGCUUUGGCUGCGGCCACCAUCAACGCCGCCUACGCCCUCGGGCGCUCCCACACACACGGCUCCCUGGAGGUCAACAAACACGGAGACCUGCUGAUCCUCAACACCACACGGUGGGAACACCUGAUCUACCAGCUGGGAGGACACCAGGAGCUCAUCCGCUACGUCGUCGUCAAGGGCAACGUCGUCCACGACAAUGACAAGACCAUGGACUUAUAACCAGUUAAGACUGAUUCAAAUUAGUGAAGGUACAAUCAAUAAUACUGAUAGAUGACUGGGGCCUGUGUUCAGGAGAGGCUGCAGGGAGAUGUGUAAUCACAGGCUCAGUAUUUUUUGUAAAAACUAAAGGGGGCAGUCCUGGGUAAUUGUGUUGACAGUAUUUUUCUUACUGUGUAAUUAAAGUAAAAAAAGGGGAGAGUAGCCUAGCUAGUAAUUUUUAUUUUAAUUAUUUUAAUUACACUGUAUCAUUCCUCAUUAAUAACAAUACAAACAAAAAGUUGUACUGUGUUAUUGAUUUUCCCCAAACAUCAGCUCUGUGUCUUUGUCCCCUGCAGGUAUCCAGUAAUUAAGUAUAAUUUAUUUUCUCUGUUGCCAGUAGAAACCAGUGCGGUUGAUUUAAACAAGUUAACAGGCUGUAUCAGAAAGAGUUACCGUAGUUACUGAGAUGUCAGUGUUCAGGCCCCAGUGAAUCAAUGUUACUAUCUGAACUGUGAAACCAAUGUCCUUUUAGAUAAAAGUCAUGUUACUUGUUGACUGAAAUCACAUUAUUUCAUCAGUUUCUGUCGCUCAGAGCGAAACCUACCUUCUUCUUUUGUGUCUGUAAAAUCCAUUUAAGUCAACUUAUCUCAGCGAAGAGAAGGAUUUCAUUAUCACCCCAGAAAGAGCAGGUACAAAUAUUUUGCACCUCAUGUGAUCAAAGAGUUUAUUGAUGUGACCUUUGUUGAACCUUUCAGUGACCCG